AUGAAUUCUAAUAAAUACACCAGCAAAAGAAGGAUAUUGACGCCUCGGAACGAUAAGAAACAAUUAGUAAACCAAAAACUUCAAACUAAAUCCUAUACACUUAAAACGCCUAAUAAAGUCGAUUCUGUCGAAAUUAUUGAAAACAUAAACAAUUAUAUUUCAAAUACUGACUUAAUAAAUAAAGUAAAACCAAGUUUAACCACAAACACAAAUUAUAAACAAGACGACUCUAAUGGAAUUCCGGAAUUAAAAGAAGAAUGCCAAAAUACAGAAUUGUCAAAAAAGAGCAGCAUAAACACGAGAUACCCACUUAAUUUUAAAAACUAUAUUCAAGAGCUUCAUAUUUCAUUGAUAAAAGAGUGCAACUAUAAUUUAUUAUAUUACGACAAUUCGUUAAACGCAACAUUAAGCAUUGAAUCUAUGGCGAGUUUCACAAAUCAAACGUUGCAAGCUGUAAAGGAUCAAAAAAUAUUUUCGGUAUUAGGUUAUUUCCCAAAAAUUUCUCUAGAGCUGAAGAACCGCGGUUGGGUGGAAAAACGAGAUCCAUAUAAACCACCAAUAAAUUAUUCGUACUAUAUAAAAUCAUCACCAUACAUAGUUAAUUGGAUGGAAUCUCCUCCGAUAAUAUCGUCAAUUGAUCAAAAUGAAGCCACCGUGGAACGCUUGAAAAAUGUGCAAUCGUGGAAUAUUCUUAAAGAUAAAAAAUCGGAUUUUAUUUUCGUCACUAAAAAAAGGUUGAUUCAUUGGUCCACUUUAAGUGAAUUGACUUCUGUCAGUCAGAUGACAAGACACGUGUUUUGUACCAAAAAUGGUUUGGCAAAAUCUUUGGAAUCUUACAAUAAUUCUGAGACAAAUUUGAUGUUUCCAAGAUGUCAUUAUAUUCGAUCUGAAGAAGACAAGGAUGCAUUUGUAGAAGAUUAUAUUACAACAGCUUUAAUAAGCACACUAAAGAUUAUUGUAAAAGCGAUUGAGAAUAAUAAAAAAAUUUUCAAUGCAAAUGGCAAUAUACCAUUCAAAAUGAUUGAUUUUGUUAAACGAUGUAUAUCCAUAUUUUUGAAUAAACAAAUAACUGGUAGUACAAAAAUGGAUUUGUGGAAAUUUAAAAAUCAAAAAGAAGAAGUGUGGAACGAAUUUAUUAUUCAUUACACAAAACUGAUUGUAGAUAGCAAUGCCAAAUUUGAUCACGAGUAUACAUAUGAAUUAGAACUAGAUGUUUAUGCGAAAUGUAAAUAUUUACUGGAAAAAGUGAAAACUUAUUGUCCCCAACACUAUAUUGACGGGAUAACUAACACAUGGAUUUUAAAACCUACUUCAAACUGUUCUGGUCACGGCAUUAUGUUGUCUAGAGACUUGCAUACGAUAAAACACAAAAUCACUGAAGCCGGUGUAUUAAACAAUAAUUAUAUUCUACAGAAAUAUAUAGAGAGACCUCUUUUGAUUAAUACGUGUAAAAUUGAUUUGCGACAAUGGUUUUUAGUGACUAAUAUGAAUCCUGUAGUUGUGUGGAUGUACAAAGAAGGUUACGUCCGUUUUUGUGCAAACAGUUUCUCCAUGAAAAACAAGCACGAAUCCAUUCAUCUCAGCAAUGUUAGACUGCAAAUGAAAUAUAGAAAAUAUAGAAAUCCACGAGUACCCGAAGAGUGCAUGUGGGAUUACAGACAACUACAAAAUCAUUUGAGGUAUAACUAG